AUGGUGGAACUAGCCGUGGAGCAAGGGCCUGACUCCAUCACAGCAUCACAGAAGGAAGCGGCCGAACAGCUGAUGGACCUGGUGGUUGCGGAAGGCGCGGAGGACCGAGCAGUGGCGGAGGCGGCGGCGCAGCUGCUGGCGAUGACGGCAGCGGACGACAAGAAGAACCCGCACCUCAUGCACGUGGACCGAUGGGUCUCCACGUGCUGCGGCGUGCUCAAGCGGUGCAAGGCAGCGAGCGACAGCAAGAGGCGGAAGAGCAGCACACAAGCUGACGCUGCCGAAACAGAGCCAGCAGCAGCAGGAGCAGGAGUAACAGGGGGAAUGGGGGAGGCGGCGGGGGCGGCAGUGAGCGAGGCGCUGCUGGUAUCCAUGGCAAGCUGUCUGGCGGACCUGAUGAACAACCCGCGCAGCACCAUCGUGUGCAGCACGCGCGCGCAGGAGAUAUUUCAGUGCCUGCAGCCCGCGCUGCUGCUCCCGCGCGUCUCCAACCGCCUGCUCUACUUCCAGGUCUGCCGGGCGGUCUCCGAGGUGCUGCACCCGUCCACGUGGCCCAUGAACCAAUCCGCUGCUGUCCCCAAGCGUCUUCUGGAGCGGCUUAUUGAUCUGAUCACUCCUGUUAAAGCCCCGGGUCCUGAUGGUGCGAAGGGUGCUAAUGGGUUGGGUGAUAAGGAUGCUGGUAGGAAUGAAGCAGCUGGUGGUGCUGCUGGUGUUGAGAUUGUCGCUGAGAAUGGGGUAGGGGAGCGUGAGACAGAGGCCACGGAACCCGCUGCUUCUCAUACCCCCUUGGCAAACGGCACAGCUGCUGCAGACGCAGAGGCAGCCAAAGCAGCAGGCGCAGAAGCAGCUGCAGCAGCAGGGGCAGUCGAGCAGGAGGGCAGCGGCAGCGAGGGCAGCAGCGAGGGCGACGUAACAGAGUCGCUGAUCCACAUGCAGGCGUGCAAGGCGCUCCUGGUGAUGGCCACCAACGGAGCAGCGGAUCUGAUCGUGCAGCACGUGCCCGGGGUGAUGGGCGCUUUGGAGCGGCUCCGGCAGGAAUCGGGCGUGGAGGAGGCCGUGGUGCAGGCUGACGCCGCGCUCAUGGCGCUCUGGCUGUCACCCAAAGGAUACUCGCUCUCCAACCCCGAGCUGCGACCGGUGGUAGCAGCGCAUCUGCUGAGGGUGCUGGGCUCGCCAGACCUGGUGGAUAACCACCAGGACGUCAGCUUGGCUCUGGUGACGUCAACCAUCAACCCUGACGCUGCCACGCGGGCCAGCAUGCUCCAGCUGUACGCGGGACUGCUGAGUCAGCAGCUGGAGCUGACGCACAUCCUGAUUGGCCACGUGGAUGACACUGACAGUCUGGCACACCAGAGCGUGGUGUAUUUCGUGCUCCAUUUGUGCGAGUCUGAAGACUGUGCCAAGGCCUUCACAGCCAAUCAGGCGGACUGUGAGGCGCUAGUGGCAGCGCUGGUGGUGGCGGCACAGGCAGAGAAUCACUAUGCACCCAUCGCUGUUCUUGUUCGCCUGGCUAGCCGUCCUACCACCCGGGACCAGGUGCUCACACACAUCGACACCAGAACGCUCAAUCGCUUGCGCGCUAUUCCUGGCACCCGCGCUCGACGAGAGGUUGAUCAACUGGCUGCAGCAUAUGCAGAGUACAAGGGAGAGAAGCCCCCAGAGCGCACAGCAUCCAUGCCAUCGGAGGAGGAGCAGUCCAAGGAGGACAUUCUGAGAGACAUUGUACGCAGCCAGUCCCACAGGAGCCUCAAGUCAAGAACUGCAGGGGAUAAUAGCUUUGAAGAUCUGGCAGGCGCCGCUGCAAGCGCGGCGACAGGCGUUGCCAAGAUCACUGUAGAGGAGUCGACAGAUGCUUGA